AAAAAUUAGCUGCUUUUAUUAAAUAAAGCUGCAUUAUGCUGGUGUGCAGAGUGCAGUCUUUUCUUUUUUUUUCUUAACAUAUACUGCAGUCAGUGCUUCCCUAACGAGGUGGCACUAUUGUUGAGUUAGAAGGAUAGAAUCAUCAUAUUGCUUUAGGGGACAGCAGGAUUUAAAAGGAGAUGCCUUACAGCCCUGUUUUACAGAUUGGAAGCAUCGGUUUAAGGGCAUUGGCAGAAUCAUUUCCUUGUUCUUAGCAGCAGCCACUGCUGUGUCAGUAGUGUGUGGAAUGGAAGUCCUAGUUGGUAGUCUGUUAUGGAAACGCUGUUUACUGUUAUUGUAGUACCGUGGUGACAACAUGCCAUUGAAAUGGAAAACGAGCUCUCCUGCUAUCUGGAAAUUCCCAGUUCCUGUGCUUAAAACAUCCAGGUCAUCGCCACUUUCUCCAGCAUACAUAUCUCUGGUGGAAGAGGAGGAUCCUCAUAUGAAAGUAUCUCUUGGGGGCAGCGAUAUGGGCGUCUCUGCCCAUCUACAGUCUUCAAAGACAGGAACCACAAGAUUUUUCACCAGCAAUACUCACAGUUCUGUGGUAUUACAGGGUUUUGACCAGCUGCGAGUGGAAGGUUUGCUCUGUGAUGUGACGCUCGUGCCUGGAGAUGGUGAUGAGGUGUUUCCUGUCCACAGAGCAAUGAUGGCUUCUGCAAGUGAUUACUUCAAGGCCAUGUUCACAGGAGGAAUGAAGGAACAAGAUUUAAUGUGCAUUAAGCUUCAUGGUGUGAACAAAAUAGGCCUAAAGAAGAUCAUUGAUUUCAUCUAUACUGCAAAACUUUCCCUUAACAUGGACAACCUUCAGGACACUCUGGAAGCUGCCAGUUUUUUGCAGAUUUUACCUGUUUUGGACUUCUGUAAAGUAUUUCUUAUCUCUGGGGUUUCGUUGGAAAACUGUGUUGAGGUUGGGCGAAUUGCCAACACAUACAAUCUCACAGAAGUGGAUAAAUAUGUUAAUAAUUUCAUCCUGAAGAACUUCCCUGCAUUAUUAAGUACUGGUGAAUUUGUGAAACUCCCCUUUGAACGUCUUGCCUUUGUGCUUUCAAGUAAUAGCCUUAAGCACUGCACUGAACUUGAACUCUUCAAGGCAGCGUGUCGCUGGCUGCGCUACGAGGAGCCUCGCAUGGAGUACGCUGCAAAACUCAUGAAAAACAUCAGGUUCCCCCUGAUGACACCCCAGGAUCUUAUUAACUACGUUCAGACAGUGGACUUCAUGAGAACUGACAACACCUGUGUCAACUUGCUCCUGGAAGCCAGCAAUUACCAAAUGAUGCCGUACAUGCAGCCGGUGAUGCAGUCGGAGCGGACGGCCAUCCGCUCGGACAGCACGCACCUGGUGACCCUGGGGGGAGUGCUCAGGCAGCAGCUGGUGGUCAGCAAGGAGUUACGGAUGUACGACGAGAAGGCUCACGAGUGGAGGUCCUUGGCUCCCAUGGACGCGCCCAGGUACCAGCACGGCAUCGCCGUCAUCGGCAACUUCCUCUAUGUGGUGGGGGGCCAGAGCAAUUACGACACCAAGGGAAAGACGGCGGUGGACACCGUCUUCAGGUUUGAUCCUCGCUACAACAAGUGGAUGCAAGUGGCAUCUUUAAACGAGAAAAGGACCUUCUUCCACCUAAGUGCCCUCAAAGGACAUUUGUAUGCAGUCGGAGGUCGGAAUGCAGCGGGUGAGCUAGCCACUGUGGAAUGUUACAACCCCAGAAUGAACGAGUGGAGCUACGUGGCAAAAAUGAAUGAACCCCACUAUGGUCACGCCGGCACCGUGUACGGGGGGUUAAUGUACAUUUCAGGGGGAAUUACCCAUGAUACUUUCCAAAAGGAACUCAUGUGUUUUGACCCUGACACAGACAAAUGGACUCAGAAAGCUCCGAUGACGACAGUCAGAGGUCUGCAUUGCAUGUGUACUGUAGGAGACAAGCUGUAUGUUAUUGGUGGAAAUCACUUUAGAGGAACAAGUGAUUAUGAUGAUGUUCUAAGCUGUGAAUAUUACUCACCAACUCUAGACCAGUGGACUCCAAUUGCCGCCAUGUUACGUGGGCAAAGUGAUGUUGGGGUUGCUGUCUUUGAAAAUAAAAUCUAUGUUGUUGGAGGAUACUCUUGGAAUAACCGCUGUAUGGUGGAAAUAGUUCAGAAGUAUGAUCCAGAAAAAGAUGAGUGGCAUAAAGUGUUUGACCUUCCAGAAUCCCUUGGUGGCAUCCGAGCCUGCACUCUCACUGUUUUCCCUCCGGAGGACAAUACAGGGUCACCGUCUAGAGAGUCUCCUCUUUCAGCACCUUAGAACCAGCCCUUGACUCACAAUGUUGUAGUAACACCUCUGCACUGCAUCAUGGGGUCUGUUGUUUUUCUUCAGUAGUUUCUGUUAGGCUUAGCCUACAGCAUUUCAUACAAUUACUGGAAAAAAGAAAAGACUUGGACAUGAUUUGUGCUGUUUGUUUGGCCUGGAAUGUCUCUCGAGUGGUUAACAAAAAAAGAUGUACUUGCCCGAGCCAAAUGUUUAACAAAUGAGGGGGUAUUGUCUAUGAAAUGUAUGAACUAGGUAUGUUAUUAAUGUUGUAUGUUGGGUGUGAGGUACCUUAUAGCUUACAUUUGGGAACCCAGUGAGUCAAAUUUGUACUGAACAUGUCACAAUUUCAUGUUGAAAUCCUUUUUCCUUUCAUUUUCCACUGCAGAUUACAAGGGUAGGUAGACCACAUCAAUGUGAACGUUCUAAAGGUUGCCAAGGGGCCUGAGCUACCUCCCUCUUUACACAGAGUAUUUUUGACAUAUCUGUUUACCCACCUGACUUUGUGGGUGCUUUCAGAGCAUAUGAAGUUUCUUAGGCAGAGGGAAGAAAUAAAAUAAUUUAAAAAUAUUAACACUGUACAGGAGCAAACCUUGUAGAGGCUGGGAGUUUUUUAUUACAUAUAUCGAGUGUUUUUCCUGAGUCAGUUGAAUGAUGCUUCAAACAAAACAUCCUACACAUGUUUGUGUUUUUUAAUUUGGUUUUAUUUUUCAGGAAUUGGCUUCCGCUUCCCUGGGAGCACACACAAUUAACAACAGGAAUUCAGUGCAGUUGUGUAUUCUGUAUGGCUGUACUGAAUAGGGGUAGUUAAGGGCUAGAAACAGUAACUUAAGCCACUGAAUUUGACCAAACUGUUCCAUCCAAUCAAAUUGAAUCUACCUUUUCUCCAUUGCUGUUGAGAUAACUUGCAUAUUGUGUCCUCUGUAUAGUCUCAGUUAAUAAGGUUAUUUAGCACAAAGUGCAGCUUCAGUAAGAGAGCUGCUUUUGCUCAGUGAACCUGGACUACCACGUUUUACCUUCUUUUGUUCAAUAAAACUUUUAACUGCA